GUUUUCGAAUAUGCGCAAGCUCGAUCGGCAUAAACCGCAGCAGCGCCGUUGAGCAAAAUGGCAGCUUCCAGCUGAUGCAGCGCCGGCUGAUGUAACGAAACGGGUGUGCAGCAGGGGUUCGUUCCGCGAACAACACCGCAGUGAUGUUGAGCCGAACAGCUUCUCGUGUUCCUAGCUAGGUCUUCGAGAAGCAGCGAUGUGGCGUCAGCGGUUCUCGCUGGUAUUCCGUCGCGCCGCAUUCGGCCUUCCCGUGGCCGUAGCAUUUGUCGACUGCGUCGCGUACGUCGCCAAGGUUGAAGGCGUCUCCAUGCAGCCAGAGCUGAACCCGGAGCCCGAGGCGUUCUCCGACUACGUGCUUCUCAACCGGUGGGCGUCGCGAAGCUGUGAGGUGCAGCGUGGUGAAGUAGUCGCCAUCAAGUCCCCACGUGACCCGACACAGCGGCUGAUCAAGCGCGUGGUGGCCGUGGAAGGCGACACCGUUCGAACGAUGGGCUACCGCGAGCGGCUGGUCACCGUGCCGCGGGGCCACUGCUGGCUCGAGGGGGACAACCACGCCCACUCGCUGGACAGCAACCGGUUCGGCCCCGUGGCCCUGGGCCUGCUCGUGGCCAGGGCGUCGCACCGGGUCUGGCCACCGAGCCGUUGGGGGCGCCUUGAAUCGCGGCAGCCGGAGCCCGGCAGGCUGCUGCUCCCUACGCCUCGGUGAUGGUACGUUUCCGCGGUCUCGCAGUAGAUGUCCGCACAGAUUUUGGACCGCUGAGUUUGUUCAGCGGCUCCAUCCAAAUGCUUCGAACCUUGUCCUUUGAGGCCAAAUUUUUCGCAGGAACAUUUUCAUUUAGAAUAGUGUCUGCCCGGGCUCUUUAGAUUCGCAUUGCAAUUAAAAUGUUUCCAGCAGAAAACCCUGACAUGGACACGGCAUACCUCGGCUUGGCUAAAAGCGAUCGCACUUGCAAUAGUAAACAACAGUGGAUCAGUUGUGGUUAGAACAGACUCAACAGAAGCACUAGAGGAAUUAAAGCGCUUACAUUCCACGCUGCGUAUAGGCCAGGAGAUUCAACAGCUCAACCCACAACGCCAGUGAAAAAUCAGCACACAGUGAGUUCCGGAACACAGUGCCAUCCCCGGAAACAAUGCCGCGGACUUAGUCUCCAAACAGCCUACAAGUUAAACAGACCCGCCACAUCACCCUGUACUGUUAACCCCAGACUACGCCUCCUAGCCCGCAAAAAAAUCACCUCUGGCUUCGGACACGUGCCCCAAUUCCUCCGUGCUCUGUGACCAUCCCUUGUGGACUGACCAGGCAGGAUGAGGUGAUGCUACGCAGGCUUUGUUUGGGUGUCGCACUAACACCUCACGUCACGGGAAAGUGGAAGAGAAACAACAGUACCGGUGAUCUCAGCAUAUCGACUUACAGCUUCCCCCCUGCCAUCGAGAUGAUGAGCUCGUGGACACAUAUCUCACUUACUGUGGACUUGCCCAGCUACAACCACUCAAAAGUCAGCCUGCGAGACGAAGAUGGCCUAAAGACAUGGAUGAACGGAACUUCGCAUCACUUGCUCCGCUCUUACAGCUGAGAGGCCGGCUUGGACUCCCUGCUGUGAGUAGACGAGUGUGGUGACAUUUCUUACACCAUCCCCUCGCAGGCCUUGAGGCCAUCCGCAUAAAUAAAGACGUUGUUACUACUACACCCAAAAAAUAAUGAAGCGUGUUCGUUUUUCAACGUACCGAAAAGGAGAAUUAAAAGUCAGAGCUCUUUGUUUUGUUUCCAAUUGCAA